AUGAUUAUUAAUAAAGAUUAGAUACAUUAUAAUCAGAAAUUUUUAAUAAAAUAAUUAAAUCUAAUAAUAUAAAAUUCUCCAAAUCCAAUUUAAAUUCCUAAAUAAAUGUUAAUAGAAGUGCACAAAAAGAUUAAAAGACUCAAUUUAAUAUUUGUAGAAAACUCUGAUUUAGAAUUUUAAAUAAAUUAUAUGUUACCUAAAUAUACUAUUUUAAGAAUGUAAGUUAUUUAUAAAAUCUUAGAAUAAAAGAGAGAAGUAAAUUUUGAAAUGUUAAAAUAAGUAUCAAAAAAGAAAUAGCUUAGAAUAAAGAUUCAAGAUGAAAUAAUUCAUUGAAUAAAUUAAAAACAAAACAAAAAAUGAUCCAAGUGAAUUCUUAACACACACAAUGUCACGAUUUGAUAGUUGUCUUGGAAAUAAAAAAAAAAUUACAGGAUAAGCUAUAGAAGACGUAUAUCCUGUUUUUUUUGAAAUAUGA